AUGAAGGGGCUUUGCCACAAUGAAAUACUGUUUGUAGAUUCAAUGUUAAAAAAAAGAGUGGACACUACAGUUCUGCUUCUUGAGCAAUGGCAAGGACAUACUUGGCAUAUACAGAUUCAAGGUAUUGGAAGUUUGAGGCACUAUUGUUGA